CGAACAAGCUGCGUAAGAAAUAAAUGUGGCCUCGCGCUCCCAUACCGCUUACUCUCAAGCCUGCACCCAAAGCCAUGCAUAAUGCUAUUAAUAUUCUCGUGUUUGCAUUGGUGGUGUCUGCGCUACAGUACCAAGGUGACACUUCAAAAACGCCGGCAGAGGAGAAGGUGUAUGACUUCAGAAAAUUUGUGACGGAAAACAAGAAGAUAUGGACCUAUGAAAGCUCUGAUUAUGGCAGAUGGCGUUGCAAGUUGGACAAUCGGUGGAAUAUAACAAACCACACUGCCUUCAUAAACAGAUCAUACUACAUGGAUGGAAAAGUGUCAUAUUUCGGAGUGGAAGGAUAUUUCGGGAGUUCCAUGGAAGCUGAGCGAAGGAAGUUGGUGUACAACAGGAUGUCCUUGUAUGAUCUUUCUCGUUCUCGCAAUUUCCACGGCGUCGAGAAAUUGAAGUACAUGAACGAAAACAACACGUGUGCUGUCAUUGAAAUAUGGAUGUAUAAGCGACACAAACAUCGUAAUUUGUCAAGACCCAUACGGAAAAAGCUAUCAACCUCACAACGGAAGCUCGUCUGGUUCUCUCUGCAUGCAAAAUGGGUCGAGGUACGGAUUCCAUAUUGUCUCCUCGGAGAAGGAAUUCGUGACUGCUUCGAGCAUUUCAAGAUGAUUUCCAAAGAACAUGAAGGCCGAAUAGUCUCUCGGGAAGAUUGUCUAAAGUAUUAUUCCCCCUCCAAAAUUAAUCAAACGGAGAAGGAAUGCUGGUAAGGCUUCAUUCAUCGAUGAGUGAUUGCUGCAAUCAAAGCUGCUGCUAAAUAAUAAACAUUUAAACGUACCACCGGUACGUUUAAUGUUUA